AUGGAUGAUUCAUAUAAAAAAUUAAAAGAUAAAUUAUUAUCAGAUACAAUUCCACUGAGCGAUCGAGAUUCAAAUGAACAAACAAUUCGACAAAGAUUAUUACCUCGUCGACGGAGUGAACCAUCAUUAGCUGUUGAUCCAGAACCCAAUAAUUAUCAGCGUAGUCCUUAUCAUCUAUCUUAUAGUAAUUUAUAUGAUCAAGCUGAUGAUUUAAUUGAUACAGUUCUUGAAGUUCCAACAAAAUGUGUUGAACAAGCACGAGAAGUUGGUAAACGUGUUGUUCAAUAUGUUGUUGAUCAUAGUCAUCUUCCACAUUGGUUACUUGAUAAUGAAUUUCUUAUAUCAGGACAUCGUCCACCAAUGCCAAGUUUUAAAGAAUGUUUUGCAUCUAUAUUUCGUCUUCAUACAGAAACAGUUAAUAUAUGGACACAUCUAUUGGGUACAUUAUUUUUUAUUAUAAUGGCUAUUUAUUAUAUUUCACGACCAUCAAGUGAAGUUCAUAUUGAAAAAAAGUUAACUUUUGGUGCAUUUUUUCUUGGAGCUAUUCUUUGUUUAUCAUUUUCAACAUUAUAUCAUACACUUUAUUGUCAUUCACCCAAAAUUUCGAAAUUCUUUAAUAAACUUGAUUAUUGUGGUAUAUCAAUAUUAAUUAUUGCUUCAUUUAUUCCAUGGCUUUAUUAUGGAUUCUAUUGUGAAUUUGGAACGAAAGUAGCCUAUUUAUUAAUAACUAUUUUAUUAGGUACUGGAUGUAUUAUUGUUUCAAUGUGGGAUAAAUUUGCUGCACCAGAAUAUCGUACAUGUCGAGCACUUCUUUUCAUUGCAUUUGGACUUUUUGGUUUCAUUCCAACUUGCCAUUAUGUAUUAUUGUUUGGUUUUAAACAUGCAUUUACAACUGGUGCUGCUCAAUGGUUAGUCGUCAUGGCCGUAUUAUAUAUUUCGGGCGCUUCGCUUUAUGCUGCACGCAUACCUGAACGAUUAGCUCCUGGUUAUUUUGAUAUAUGGUUUCAAAGUCAUCAAAUUUUUCAUGUAUUUGUUGUAGCUGCAGCAUGUGUUCAUUAUUAUGGACUAUGUAUACUUUCACUUCAUCAAUCAAGUAUUGGUGACUGUCGUAAAAACACAAUACCACCAUUUACUAGUGUUUUCAAUUCAAUUUUUGAUUAA